UGCUAUACUGUAUAUGCAGUAGAGCCCCAUAUGUUUAAGGGUUUGUUGUUUUUUUUACUUUUCUCUGUUAGAAAGUUUUGAAAAAAGAGACUUUGAAGUAUUUUGUUUAUACUAACAGACAAGAAAAGUUAUCCUAAGAAAAAGCUGGUGGCAGGAGUGUAGAGGAGUAGCAUAUGGCAUUAAAAGGAGCACAGCUGGAGGUAGCAUUUCCAUCUGAACAUGAUGUCAGAGCAGCUGACAGCCUGCCAUCCCUCAGCCUUUUAUUCUAACACACAGACAGGGAGUUAGUGUGUGUGCAGAUCUGUGUGUAGGGAAGGUAUCUCAUUCCUCUCUAACAUCAUCUCCACUUUGCAUCUGUCUCUCUCUCUCUUAGUCUGCUUUUUUUCCCACUGAACCAACAGACCUGGAGCCAGCAAGACUCGGACAAAAGGACUUAAUCAGGUUUAUGUGUACUAAAGGUUAUGAAGACAGCAUGGAGUUUCCUGACCAUAGUAGGCAUUUGCUACAGUGUCUGAGCGAGCAGAGACAUCAGGGUUUUCUUUGUGACUGCACCGUUCUGGUAGGAGAUGCCCAAUUCCGAGCACAUAGAGCUGUACUGGCUUCAUGCAGCAUGUAUUUCCACCUAUUUUACAAGGACCAGCUGGACAAAAGAGACAUUGUUCAUCUGAACAGCGACAUUGUUACAGCCCCAGCCUUCGCUCUCCUGCUUGAAUUCAUGUAUGAAGGGAAACUCCAGUUCAAAGACUUACCCAUUGAAGAUGUGCUAGCAGCUGCCAGUUAUCUCCACAUGUAUGACAUUGUCAAAGUUUGCAAAAAGAAGCUAAAAGAAAAAGCCACCACAGAGGCAGACAGUACAAAAAAGGAAGAAGAUGCCUCCAGUUGUUCCGACAAAGUGGAGAGCCUCUCUGAUGGCAGUAGCCACAUGGCAGGAGAUAUACCCAGUGAUGAAGAUGAAGGGGAAGACGAAAAAUUGAGCAUCCUGCCUAGCAAAAGGGACUUGGCAUCUGAGCCCGGGAACAUGUGGAUGAGAUUGCCCUCGGACUCAGCAGGCAUUCCCCAGAGCGGCGGAGAGGCAGAGACACACACAACAGCAGCUGGAAAAACAGUAGCCAGCCCCUGUAGCUCAACAGAGUCUUUGUCCCAGAGGUCUGUCACCUCCAUGAGGGAUUCAGCAGAUGUUGACUGUGUCCUGGACUUGUCUGUCAAGUCCAGCCUUUCUGGAGUUGAGAAUUUGAACAGUUCUUAUUUCUCUUCGCAGGACAUGAUUAGAAACAACCUGGUGCAGGUGAAGGUGGAGAAAGAGGCUUCCUGUGAUGAGAGUGACGUUGGCACUAAUGACUAUGACAUGGAACAUAGCACUGUGAAAGAAAGUGUGAGCACUAAUAACAGGGUACCGUAUGAGCCAGCCCAUUUGGCUCCUAUGAGGGAAGAUUCUGUUUUGAGGGAGCUAGAUAGGGAGGACAAAGCAAGCGAUGAUGAAAUGAUAACUCCAGAGAAUGAAAGAGUUCAGGUGGAAGGGAAUAUGGACAGCAGUCUGCUCCCCUAUGUCUCAAACAUACUUAACCCUGCAGGCCAAAUUUUUAUGUGUCCCCUCUGCAACAAAGUUUUUCCUAGUCCCCACAUUCUGCAGAUUCACUUAAGUACGCACUUUCGAGAGCAGGACGGGAUCCGCAGCAAGCCUGCCACUGAUGUCAAUGUCCCGACCUGCUCCUUGUGUGGUAAGACUUUUUCUUGCAUGUACACUUUGAAGCGUCACGAGAGGACUCAUUCAGGUGAAAAACCCUACACUUGCACCCAGUGUGGAAAGAGCUUCCAGUACUCCCACAAUCUGAGCCGCCAUGCUGUAGUUCACACGCGGGAGAAGCCGCAUGCUUGUAAGUGGUGUGAGCGCAGGUUCACACAGUCUGGAGACCUUUACAGACACAUUCGGAAGUUUCACUGUGAGUUGGUGAACUCAUUGUCUGUCAAAAGUGAAGCACUGAGCUUACCUACUGUCAGAGACUGGACAUUAGAAGAUAGCUCGCAAGAACUUUGGAAAUAGAAUUUUUAUAUAUAUUAUAUAUAUAUAUAUAUAAAUCUAUAUAGUUGUGGUACAGUCUAAAAGCAGUCUUGUUUCCUUGAGCUGAAAGUUUGGCCAUUAGCUUGUUUUUUGCACUUUAAGGCGGCAUGAACAUUUCACUACUUUAGUGCUCUAGUGGUAUGAACUAUAGAAAUGAGACUAAUAAGUCAAAAAUUUCCCCUUGUUUCUCCAUCAAGUAAGUACUUCUUUUAAACAAAACUACAAAUGAACAAGUGUGAUUAUUAGGUUCUGUUUAACCUUACUGCGUCAUUUCAAAUUCAAUUUUAAAAGGACAGGUCUCCAGUGUGUUACCAAAUUGUUUACAUUUUUAAAACUGCAUGCAUCUUUUCUAACUGUGGGAAACCUGAAUGCUUUUAGACCCAAAUGGUAAAUUUCUGAAAUGCUGGAAUAUCUAUUUUUAAAUAAGCAGCUAUUAUUCUAACUUGUGUAUUGCAACAGUUCCCAAUUUUUAAAAAAACCCACAGAUUUUCAAAAAUACACUGGAAUUGCUGGACUGUGUGAAGGUGUGCUUGGGAUGAAAAAGGAAGUUGCAGCUUCAGCAGUUGCAAACUGUGCAUUUAAAAAUGUGAAUUACUGUUGUAUACUGUAAUUGAUUAAAUGGGUUAGGGGGUGUCAAGGAAAUUGACAAGUUGUGUUAACGCUCUCAGUUGAGUCUUGAAAAGUAAAUAUUAACGCUAUGGAAAUGCAUGCGUUUCAGUAUAUUUUUGUCUUUGUUUGCAUUGUAUAACUUCAAUGAGUGAGUUUUAAAACUUAUUUAAUUUUUGUAGGAAAAAAACACCACUGGAAAAAUUGGUGUUAUGAAGAACAUAAAUGCACUGUCUUUUAUUUUAUAUAAUUUAAGUUAAUUGCCCACUGUCUUUUAAGUUGAACAAAAAGCUAUAUGUUGAUUUAGCUAUGUAAAGAAAGAUAGUAAUGUUUACAAACAGGCUUAGAGAUUUGCAUGUGCAGUGUACAUUUAUCAAAAAAAAAUCUGAUUGCACAAAACCCAUGCCAACUCCAACUUUAGGUGCAUACAUUACCCAUAUGAGCAUUUUUAGAAUUCCUGCUGCACAAAUUAACAAUAGGUCAUUCAUUUUUUUUCACCCCUUGAAAAGAUUCUUUCGAGUGAAAAAGCCCCAGGCUGAAAGGACUGGAAAACCUUGAUUGACAUGGGGUGGA